AUGACGAAAUUACCGGAAAAACCGGAACCGAAAAAAUAUGCAAAAAGCAGCGACGAUCCAUUUGGAACAAAUGAUGCGUUUUCCGGAAAAUUAGAAACUUCCGAAAAAAAUAGCGCAGACUGGUUAGAUGUAAAAUCGCAUUCUUUGAUAAUUGAUGGGAGACAAGCCAAUACACGGGUCAUUUCUUUGGAACCUGGAACGAAUGAAGUACAUGAAUUUGAUGUUGAUGUACUCUAUAGUUGGGAUCAAUCUUCUGGUACAUUAUCCUAUGAAGCUUGUUCUCCUGUUCAAACUGAUUCUCUUGAAACAUUUAAGACUGCUAAAAUGUUACCAAAUUAUAAAGAUAUCAUUUGUCAUGCGAAAUUAAAUCAACGUCUUUUACGCGAUUCAAUGCCAUCACAAAAAAUAUUAUCAGCUAAAUCACUGGCAAUGUUUAAUGAUGCAAUGCGACAAGACCGCCUACAAGGACAUUUAUUCAAAAAAAUUGUUGUACCAUGUCAAAAAGACAAAAAUACGGAACGUUAUGAACUGAUUUCAAAGAUUUGCGAUGAUGCUAUCAGUGAAUAUAUGGCAUCAAGUAAUCAUGGAAAUAAAUUAUUGGAAAUAAAUGUUGAAUGUGGUGGUGCUAUGCCACCUCGAAUUAGCAUUAAUGGUAUUCGUGCAGAACGAACAAUAAAAUAUGACAGUGGUAAUGAAAGCUAUUGUGAUAUUAGUCAAGCAACAGAGCAGGUACAUAAAGUGAAACAUUCAUUUCAACAUCUUUCAACAUGUUCUCCAGCACUUCCGUAUCCAUCAGCUAAUACGUUCAGUAGAUGUUCAAUUGAAGAUUAUGUGAAAAUGUUGAAGGAACGUCGUAAGAUACAGGGGAGCAAUAACCCUUAA